AUGGCCGACGACGCUCUCUCCAUCUACGAUGAAAUCGAAAUCGAAGACAUGACCUUCGACCCCGCCAUGCAGAUCUAUCACUUUCCCUGCCCAUGCGGAGACCGCUUCGAGAUCGCCAUCGAUGAUUUGCGCGACGGGGAGGAAAUCGCCGUGUGCCCGAGUUGCUCUUUGAUGAUCAAGGUUAUUUUUGACUUGAGCGAUCUUCCUGCUCCGGAUGAUGGACCUGGCUCGGGCUCUGUUGCUGUACAGGCAUGA